AAAGACCACUAUAAGGCACAAGUAACAGCGGCGUUCACGUCGUCUGCGUCGGCAAAUAAAACUGGUGCAGCGGCAUCCGCGGGACAGAACGGCAAGGGGGCACUUUUACAGAGAUCACGGGACAUGAAAAAUCAUGGGGAUCAUUCCGGUCGUGGAAGAGAACUGCAAGAGGAUCUGUUUCAACAAAAUAACCGCGACUCGCUCGUGCUUCAGAAAUUGGAAAAUCAGCAGUACAAAUACCAACUCGACAACAACGACGACAUGGCAAGCGGCCCCCGAACAGGCAGUGCGUCUGGCGAGCCAGAACACGGAGGCACUGCUGAGGCAGCUAGAGGCAUCUCUUCUUCACGAAACCCGGAGCAAGAUACUAUUGCAGAUCGCCAGUCUGACGAGAUCGAUUUCAUCCACCUCGCCUGUCAGGACCAAGACACACUGGAGUUCGUGAAAAUCUGCCAGGACCAAUACAAUAAACUCUACGGCGUCACGCGGUGCUUCAUCGACGUGAUUCGCACCUUUUUCCGCAUGUGCAUGAGCAACACGGAUGUCAACGGCUUGCUGGGGACGGGCAAGAUGUGGCUCUGCAGCGCCGCACAGUUCAAAGCGUUUCUGACGGACACUAUUUCCGCUCCGGUGGAACGGAACCUGGUCGCAGUAUUGAAUGAGCGAGGGAGGGUGUAUUCCACGCCAGCAGUGGGAGGAACAAAUACUACAACUCCACGUCGAAAAACUACUGCGUCCAAAAUAAAUCUAGCACGACGACCCGAGGAAGAACACCACGACCAUGAUCUUGACGACUUUUGUGCGCCGGACAAGGGGAAGGACCACACGGCCCUGUUCAGCGAAGAUGAUCGCAAAAACCAACACCAACAGGCAGUACAAUCACAAUCAGAGCAGUUCAAGUAUUUCUUCGAACCGGGCGGGCACCUACUAGAUAUUGGCUCUGGUUGCGGGUACAUCACUGAGCAGCUGUUGCCUUUGUUUUCCCGGGUCACCUGCACCGAAGUCUCGAAGCAAAUGGUUAAACGCUUGGAGCGGAUGGGCAAUCGGAAGUGGCGGGAUUUGCUGCUGAAAGUUCCAAGAAAAGAGGUAGUUGGGGAUGUUGAUCAGGAGCAUGGGGAUGUUGAAGCCACUUCUUCCCGCCCAGAAAAGGAUGAAACAAAUCAGCAAGAGACGCUGUCUCCUGCUGCCGCGGCGGCGACAAACCACGUAGUUGUAGGGGCAUCAUCUUCUUCAAAAACGUCGGCAAUGGGAACACUACGAUCGGUGCCGCUAUUGCAAAAUAGUAAAACCAGCACGCCGCUCGCGACAGGGGCAUCAGACGUUUGUGAUGAUAUUGCAGCUGGUCCUCCCAACUCUAGUACUACUUCGACGCUGAAGCACCGUACCACCACCGCGGGCAGUCAGAUUUCCGACGAUAAUUGCAGUACCGUGUCGACCGCUGCGACGGCAGCAUCUUCUUCCGCACUUCUACAAGGGACCACGACAGAUGGUCCUCGUAGAACCGGUGGAGCGGCUGCCAGGAGUGGAGUACAGAAAAAUGACAGCAGCAUAUCAACAUCUCCCGCCUCUACUUCCACCUCCUCUCCCUGUUCUUCCAGUAAAUCGAGACAAGACAACACUUCUUUCACUAGGUCACAACUGCUGAAGCAGGGUACGCUGCGGCCGAUGUUGACAACGAGUGACCGGAAGAACCUGCAAAAAAACACAAGCAUCUCGACGUCAGCACCAGGGUAUAACUCACCGAACAACAGUUCUUGUCCCGUGCAAAUUUUCCUCACCGCCUCCGUAUCAAAAGAACAUUGCCCAGCCCUUCACGACCCGCAACAGAAGUUCAGUCUCAUCACCAGCUUCAACGUUCUGGACCGGUGCGAGAAGCCGAUCACGUUAUUGAAGGAAAUUCACUCGCUAUGUAAGCAGCACAACUGCAAAUUUCUCCUGUCCGCGGUGUUUCCUUUCGAGCAGUGGAUCGAAGACCAUGUGAAGAGUAGUACCUCACCGUCGUCGCCAAAAAACGGAAGAAGUGGAGGAGCAAACACUUCUUCUCCGAACACGACAAAACCGCACCUCAGUCCGAGUUUCGAGAAAGUCUCCUACCGCGGCCAGGCGCAUAUGCGAACGUUUGAGGAGCAGGCGGCGGGGUUCGCAAGGGCGGUGCUGAUGAAGCAGUGUGGGUUCCGACUGUUGAAAUUCGUAUGGCGUUCUCAAACGUUACAUUCUCAUACUGUUACAUGAAUUUGUCAUGCAAAAUUGCCAUUACCCUCCACUUGAUCAAGGUGCUUAGCAUGACAAAUUUUCGAAGGGCUAAACAGCAUGAUACUCUGUGCAAAAUCUGUGAUGCGAAAGUUGCAACGUUGCCACUUUCACUGUUGCUGUUCUUGCAUUACAAAUCCAUGCAACAGUUGAGAAUGUAACAUUUGAGAACGCCAUAAUUCGCCCGCGCGCCCUACAUCUCCGCCGGGAGUGCGAAUGCGCCGGUGUACAUCCUGAGCAACGGUUUGUUUUUACUGGAACCGAUUUGAUGAGGAAGGGUAUUAAGUACUUAAUUAAGAGGACAAAAAUCAGCGUCGCGUACGCGUUGUUGCGACGAAGCAAGACCAGCAUAGACGCCGCGGACACAUAGAUACAAAAAUCGCCACGUAUUGAAAGCUUAGUGAAAUAUGGAGCUUAAUACUACAGAGAACCAAAGAAAACGCCUUUUACGCAAAAGAUGACCUUACCGAGCUUUAAACACCGACCAGCAGAAACGAGCCUACUUCUGAGGACCACGAAAAUGUAUUCGCUUCUCAUUCGUUUAUUUUGACCUAUUUUUCCUUAUACAGGCUUUAUCAGCUUCGAACUUUUCUCCUGCACGACACAAGAACGGUGCAACAUCAUAAAGCGCAGCUCCUGCUUUGAGUGGUUUAUUUUUCUCACGACCUCCUACGACCCCACACCUGUAAAAAACGUAACCUACGAUAUUCCUUGCGACAAAAGGCCGCCCCGCACAAGAACUACUACCUCUCGCUACCAGUAUCUGUUUUUUUUUAUAACGCUUGGAAUUUGUACUAGAAUACCAAGCGGCGCAAGUUAUUCGAAGAAAGCGACGGACUAUAUAUUGAUAAUGCAAUCUUGGAAAGCGGAAGCUGUAAGUAGCUGUGGCGGUGCCUCCUGUUUUUAGCGGUGGCAUUUUUAUUAGUCAGCGUCAUUAUCAACCUCGAGAAGGACGCCUGUGGGUGGAGGUACUAAACCAUUGCCUAGGUUGCCACAGUGCUGCAACUCUGAGUUGGACGACGAGAGAUUAUAUCGCGAUGAUGAUAAAAGAUCCGCUGCGGCACCAGUACAGACAAACGUAUGCAAGCCUCUGAGAAAUUAUGAAUGUAGAAGUUUUUUCCCUCCAUGUUCAAAUCUAGAAGAUGAUGCCUCGGCUCCCUCUAGUACCUACGCAAGUAGCGCAAAUGCUUCUACGCGCGCGGCUGUAUAUGAUUUUCUGCUUCCUACAAAACAAAAACCAACGGAAGUAAUCGAUUGCCUAUAUCGUCUGUCAGAAGCAACGAUUUUUGUUCGACGCCUGUCCCCGUGCUGACAAUCCAUGCAGCUGGUCUAUGUUGACAGCAUCGAAAUGAGUGGGCCGCGAUCAAGGAAAUGAUCAUGAAAUUCGCCGUGCCUCUCUCGAAGAAAAGAAGUCAGAGCCUUGGUCUCCGCCGGGAGUGCGAAUGCGCCGGUGUACAUCCUGAGCAACGGCCUGUUUUUACUGGAACCAAUUUCAUCCUGAGCAACGGUUUGUUUUUAUGUCAUCAUCUGUGACUUUUUUUGAUUUUCCAUUGAAAUUUUCUUGAAUCCAUUGCUAUAUUAUCCGCUCCUUCAUUCUGUGUUGUUCUUCCGGUCCUGAGUGCCCUGUGACCUUUUCCUGAGAGACAGAGAGACAAGAGAAUGAGAUAUCUCUGCUGCUUCCCCAUAUCGGUGCUCUACGUAGAUCUCUUUUUGUAUUAUUUUUAUAUGCGAAUUAUCUCUCGAUCCUCGUACCUCGAUCCUCAUUGCUCGAUCAUGACCUAGAUCCUUUUUGACCUAUGCGACUAUCUUUCUUAUCGGUCCAAUCUCAAUUUCUCAUGCUGUUCUUAUGAUUUCGUUUUUCGCGAGUAGAAUGAGUAGAUUAUUCGUAUCUCGUAUGAGUUUGGAUUUCGUCAUUUGGCUAUCUCUCGUGAUAUCGCUCAUCGGAUACUUUUGCAUUCUUUUUUCGUUCUCGAUUUCGCUCCUUGUCUCUAUGCUCGACCUAUAUCGUUUUUUCGUCUAUCGAUAUCGAUUUCGUUUUUCGUGCCCGACCUCGUUUGAAUUCGGUAUUCUUUCUUCUUUUUGUUUUCAUUUUCGUCCUCCGUUUCAACAAGAUUUACGAUCUCUCAUUAGUUUACAACCUGUGCCUGGUAAUGUUCGAUUACAAGUUUUCACAAAAAACCUCAGUCCUAAAUUUGAUACUUUCUGUGAGCCAGUUUCUCCUGAACCGAUUAACUACUAUUAAUGAUGAUUAAGGUCAUUGGGGGGUCGUUGAGGGGUCUUCGACCCCCCGAAGGGGGUUCAUUGACCCCCCUUGGCUACCCCUUCGUUUUUCGAGGCCCCCCGAAGGCCCCUCGAAGGCCCCCCAAAGGGGCUCCAUAUUCCAAUGUUAGCAUGCCAUGAUCUCCGCCGGGAGUGCGAAUGCGCCGGUGUACAUCCUGAGCAACGGCCUGUUUUUACUGGAACCAAUUUGAGGAUGAUGAAUAAAGGGUAUUUUAUGCAAUUUUGAGAGCAAAAAUCAGCGUCGCGUUCUUGCGAGGAAAGAAGACCAGCAAGAAGAAGCGAAUAAGUGCAAAAUCGUGCUGACGUUUUGAAGGCUUAGUGAAAUAUGGAGCUUAAUACUACAGAGAACCAAAGAAAACGCCUUUUACGCAAAAGAUGACCUUACCGAGCUUUAAACACCGACCAGCAGAAACGAGCCUACUUCUGAGGACCACGAAAAUGUAUUCGCUUCUCAUUCGUUUAUUUUGACCUAUUUUUCCUUAUACAGGCUUUAUCAGCUUCGAACUUUUCUCCUGCACGACACAAGAACGGUGCAACAUCAUAAAGCGCAGCUCCUGCUUUGAGUGGUUUAUUUUUCUCACGACCUCCUACGACCCCACACCUGUAAAAAACGUAACCUACGAUAUUCCUUGCGACAAAAGGCCGCCCCGCACAAGAACUACUACCUCUCGCUACCAGUAUCUGUUUUUUUUUAUAACGCUUGGAAUUUGUACUAGAAUACCAAGCGGCGCAAGUUAUUCGAAGAAAGCGACGGACUAUAUAUUGAUAAUGCAAUCUUGGAAAGCGGAAGCUGUAAGUAGCUGUGGCGGUGCCUCCUGUUUUUAGCGGUGGCAUUUUUAUUAGUCAGCGUCAUUAUCAACCUCGAGAAGGACGCCUGUGGGUGGAGGUACUAAACCAUUGCCUAGGUUGCCACAGUGCUGCAACUCUGAGUUGGACGACGAGAGAUUAUAUCGCGAUGAUGAUAAAAGAUCCGCUGCGGCACCAGUACAGACAAACGUAUGCAAGCCUCUGAGAAAUUAUGAAUGUAGAAGUUUUUUCCCUCCAUGUUCAAAUCUAGAAGAUGAUGCCUCGGCUCCCUCUAGUACCUACGCAAGUAGCGCAAAUGCUUCUACGCGCGCGGCUGUAUAUGAUUUUCUGCUUCCUACAAAACAAAAACCAACGGAAGUAAUCGAUUGCCUAUAUCGUCUGUCAGAAGCAACGAUUUUUGUUCGACGCCUGUCCCCGUGCUGACAAUCCAUGCAGCUGGUCUAUGUUGACAGCAUCGAAAUGAGUGGGCCGCGAUCAAGGAAAUGAUCAUGAAAUUCGCCGUGCCUCUCUCGAAGAAAAGAAGUCAGAGCCUUGGUCUGACUGUUGAUGAAGCAGUGUGGGUUCCGACUGUUGAAAUUCGUAUGGCGUUCUCAAACGUUACAUUCUCAUACUGUUACAUGAAUUUGUCAUGCAAAAUUGCCAUUACCCUCCACUUGAUCAAGGUGCUUAGCAUGACAAAUUUUCGAAGGGCUAAACAGCAUGAUACUCUGUGCAAAAUCUGUGAUGCGAAAGUUGCAACGUUGCCACUUUCACUGUUGCUGUUCUUGCAUUACAAAUCCAUGCAACAGUUGAGAAUGUAACAUUUGAGAACGCCAUAAUUCGCCCGCGCGCCCUACAUCUCCGCCGGGAGUGCGAAUGCGCCGGUGUACAUCCUGAGCAACGGUUUGUUUUUACUGGAACCGAUUUGAUGAGGAAGGGUAUUAAGUACUUAAUUAAGAGGACAAAAAUCAGCGUCGCGUACGCGUUGUUGCGACGAAGCAAGACCAGCAUAGACGCCGCGGACACAUAGAUACAAAAAUCGCCACGUAUUGAAAGCUUAGUGAAAUAUGGAGCUGAAUACUACAGAGAACCAAAGAAAACGCCUUUUACGCAAAAGAUGACCUUACCGAGCUUUAAACACCGACCAGCAGAAACGAGCCUACUUCUGAGGACCACGAAAAUGUAUUCGCUUCUCAUUCGUUUAUUUUGACCUAUUUUUCCUUAUACAGGCUUUAUCAGCUUCGAACUUUUCUCCUGCACGACACAAGAACGGUGCAACAUCAUAAAGCGCAGCUCCUGCUUUGAGUGGUUUAUUUUUCUCACGACCUCCUACGACCCCACACCUGUAAAAAACGUAACCUACGAUAUUCCUUGCGACAAAAGGCCGCCCCGCACAAGAACUACUACCUCUCGCUACCAGUAUCUGUUUUUUUUUAUAACGCUUGGAAUUUGUACUAGAAUACCAAGCGGCGCAAGUUAUUCGAAGAAAGCGACGGACUAUAUAUUGAUAAUGCAAUCUUGGAAAGCGGAAGCUGUAAGUAGCUGUGGCGGUGCCUCCUGUUUUUAGCGGUGGCAUUUUUAUUAGUCAGCGUCAUUAUCAACCUCGAGAAGGACGCCUGUGGGUGGAGGUACUAAACCAUUGCCUAGGUUGCCACAGUGCUGCAACUCUGAGUUGGACGACGAGAGAUUAUAUCGCGAUGAUGAUAAAAGAUCCGCUGCGGCACCAGUACAGACAAACGUAUGCAAGCCUCUGAGAAAUUAUGAAUGUAGAAGUUUUUUCCCUCCAUGUUCAAAUCUAGAAGAUGAUGCCUCGGCUCCCUCUAGUACCUACGCAAGUAGCGCAAAUGCUUCUACGCGCGCGGCUGUAUAUGAUUUUCUGCUUCCUACAAAACAAAAACCAACGGAAGUAAUCGAUUGCCUAUAUCGUCUGUCAGAAGCAACGAUUUUUGUUCGACGCCUGUCCCCGUGCUGACAAUCCAUGCAGCUGGUCUAUGUUGACAGCAUCGAAAUGAGUGGGCCGCGAUCAAGGAAAUGAUCAUGAAAUUCGCCGUGCCUCUCUCGAAGAAAAGAAGUCAGAGCCUUGGUCUGACUGUUGAUGAAGCAGUGUGGGUUCCGACUGUUGAAAUUCGUAUGGCGUUCUCAAACGUUACAUUCUCAUACUGUUACAUGAAUUUGUCAUGCAAAAUUGCCAUUACCCUCCACUUGAUCAAGGUGCUUAGCAUGACAAAUUUUCGAAGGGCUAAACAGCAUGAUACUCUGUGCAAAAUCUGUGAUGCGAAAGUUGCAACGUUGCCACUUUCACUGUUGCUGUUCUUGCAUUACAAAUCCAUGCAACAGUUGAGAAUGUAACAUUUGAGAACGCCAUAAUUCGCCCGCGCGCCCUACAUCUCCGCCGGGAGUGCGAAUGCGCCGGUGUACAUCCUGAGCAACGGUUUGUUUUUACUGGAACCGAUUUGAUGAGGAAGGGUAUUAAGUACUUAAUUAAGAGGACAAAAAUCAGCGUCGCGUACGCGUUGUUGCGACGAAGCAAGACCAGCAUAGACGCCGCGGACACAUAGAUACAAAAAUCGCCACGUAUUGAAAGCUUAGUGAAAUAUGGAGCUGAAUACUACAGAGAACCAAAGAAAACGCCUUUUACGCAAAAGAUGACCUUACCGAGCUUUAAACACCGACCAGCAGAAACGAGCCUACUUCUGAGGACCACGAAAAUGUAUUCGCUUCUCAUUCGUUUAUUUUGACCUAUUUUUCCUUAUACAGGCUUUAUCAGCUUCGAACUUUUCUCCUGCACGACACAAGAACGGUGCAACAUCAUAAAGCGCAGCUCCUGCUUUGAGUGGUUUAUUUUUCUCACGACCUCCUACGACCCCACACCUGUAAAAAACGUAACCUACGAUAUUCCUUGCGACAAAAGGCCGCCCCGCACAAGAACUACUACCUCUCGCUACCAGUAUCUGUUUUUUUUUAUAACGCUUGGAAUUUGUACUAGAAUACCAAGCGGCGCAAGUUAUUCGAAGAAAGCGACGCACUCAUCUUUUACACUUAUUCACAACCUUGGAAUGAGGAAGCUGUGUCUAUGGACUAUGUUAAUGUUGUACUUGUGGCUGCGUCGGCUAUUAGCGGUGACAUGUGUAGUCAGCGUCAACAUCAUCAGCCUGGAGAUGGAUGCCUGUGGAUGGGGGUACUAGAAAAUUGCCUAGGUUGCCACAGUGCUACAACUCUGAGGACGACGACGACGAGAAAUUAUAUCGCGAUGAUGAUAAAAAAGACAGCUGCAGCUGUUGGAGUACAGACAAAUGCAUAUGCAAACCUCUGAGUAAUUAUGAAUGUAGAAGUUGCUUCCCUCCAUCUCCAUGUUCAAAUCUAGAAGAUGAUGCCUCGGCUCCCUCUACCUUCGCAAGUAGCGCAAAUGCUUCUACGCGUGCGGCUGUAUAUGAUUUUCUGCUUCCU